AUGAGCAUCUUCGCCAACAUCCUGACCUUAACCGGCGCUCUCACUCUACUCACUCUCUUUUUCAAAACCGCUCGCUUCAUCCACAUCUACACACGUCCCUCAUCCCUCCCCCGCUACCUGCACACCUCACCAAGCGGCAAGUCGCCCUGGGCUCUGGUCACAGGCGCCAGCGAUGGCAUUGGCAAAGGCUACGCGCACGAGCUAGCUGCCCACGGCUUCAACAUCAUCCUGCACGGCCGCAACCCCUACAAACUGUGCACCGUACGCGCCUCGAUCCAAGCCUCGUACCCGAAGACGCAAAUCCGCCUCAUGGUACUCGACGCAACCGCGUGCACCGCAGCCGACAUCGCAGCCGCGGUCGAGGAGCUGGUGUGCGCGGGCCUGCACGUCACGGUGCUGGUGAACAACGUGGGCACGGGGACCACGCCGUCCGGGCACGUGUUUGCCAACUACGAGGACGAGGAGCCCUCGGACAUCGACGCCAUCAUCAACACGAACGCGCGCUUCCCAGCGCUCAUGACGCAUUUCGUGCUACCGGCUCUGCAGACGCCCGCGCUGAUCCUAACCAUGGGGUCGAUUUCCGACGUGGGCAGUCCGUACAUAUCGGUGUAUUCGGGCACCAAAGCGUUCGAUAGCAGUUUCAGCAAGGCGCUGCGGCGCGAGAUGGUGGCGGAGGGCAGGGACGUGGAGGUCCUGGCGAUGAUGACGGCGAUGGUGACGGAGACGGGGACGAGCAAGGGCGAGGUGUCGAUCGUGCAGCCGGAUGCGCGGGCGUUUGCCCGGAGCGCGUUGCAGAGGGUUGGGUGUGGGCACGAGGUUGUCGAGGGCUGGUGUGCGCAUUGGCUCGUGCGGGCUUUCACACAGUGUAUACCUGAUAGUUGGUUGACUGGGAUGUUGAUCGGGAGUGUGAGGCUGGGGAUGGAGGAGGAGGGGAAGAGGAAGAGGAAAUAG